AUGUCCGCCAUGAAGAACCCCGUCACGUCGGCACACGCAAUUGUCGUCGACCAAAGGGCUGUAAAGUGCCGAAAACACACGUUGGGAAAUGUGCGGCUUCGCGAUGAAGACUCGAAUGCCCUCAUCCUGAUUCCGACGCCCUCUCGAGACCCCAAUGAUCCGUUGAACUGGCCGCAAUGGCGCAAAUACUACACUGCCGGGCUCGUCUGUCUGGCCAUGACAAUGUGCAAUUUUUUAGCUGGCGGACCGUCGAUUGCCAUUGUAGCCACAGCAUUCAGCUUCUUUCCCAACGCAGCCACGGACGGCACCCUGGCAACCUCGGCCAUUCCCAAGGUGGCCUACUUCUUCACCACAGUCAGCCUCAUCCAGGGCGUCGGCUGCUUUUUCUGGGUCCCCAUGGCGAACAAAUACGGAAGGCGUCCUGUAUAUCUUGCCAGCUACGUCGUCUACUUUGCGGCGACGUUGUGGCUCAUCUUUGAAAAGUCAUAUGCUGGGUUCCUCGCGGGUCGUAUUGUCAUGGGCUUCGGCGCGGGCGCCGCUGAGACCAUCGCCCCCAUAACCAUUGCCGAUGUCUUCUUCUUGCACGAGAGAGGAGCUGUUAUGUCUUUCUACAACUGCGCUCUUUCGGUCGGCGUCGCUUUGGGCAUGAUUAUUUCGGGGCUCAUCACGAUACAUCAUGAGUGGCGAACCAUAUACCAGGUCUCAUCCGCCCUCAUCGGCUUCGUGCUCGUGCUCGUCUUCUUUACCUUUCCAGAAACCUCAUAUCACCGCCUACCUGACGAACGCGAGGGCUCCACCACCACCGUCAAUUUGCAGGAUGAAAAGAAUUCCUCAACGUCGUACAACGAGGAACUCGGGGAAUCAUCUAUUCCUCCUAAGAAAAGUCCUUGGAAGACGCUGGCUUUCUGGAACGGGUCAUUGACCAGUGAAAGCGUGCUCAAGAUGUUUCUCCGCCCGUUCGUUUUGAUUCUGCUCCCCCCUGUGCUCUGGGCAGCCCUCGUCCAAGCAGUGACUAUUGGCUUUUUGGUCGCCGUGUCGUCCAACAUUGGCGUAGCUUUCGAAGCCACUUAUGAAUUUGAAUCCUACCAGUCGGGCCUCUGCUUUUUGUCUGCCGUCAUCGGGUCGCUGCUUGGUAUCCCAGCUGGCGGCCACUUUGGAGACAAGGUAGCCGACUAUCUCACCCAACGCAAUGGGGGAAUCAGAGAGCCUGAGAUGCGACUGCCUGUUGUGGCACUCUCUAUGAUCACCACACCGCUGGCGCUGGUGAUGUAUGGCGUCGGGAUUCAACAUGAACUCCACUGGAUCAUGCCGACGAUCGGUCUUGGUCUUUUGAACUUCUCAAUCACACAAGCUGCAAGUGUCAGCCUCGUCUACGUCAUUGAUGCUUAUCGCCCUGUGGCCGGUGAAGUCAGCCUAUCGGUCUUGGGCUUCAAAUCAAUGUUUGGGUUCCUCCUCUCAUUCUACACGAACCCAUGGAUCAACGAGUCGGGCUACCAGAAUGCAUACGGAGCUAUGGCUGGCAUCGCGGCGUCGGUGCUGUUGAUGUGGGUCCCUUUUUACCUCUGGGGCAAGAAGAUCAGACAUGUCACUUGGCAUUGGCCGCUCAUUUCGUUCAUCCAUUGGGACGAUGAUCGGGAAGUUGGAGAGUGA